AUGACAGCGAUCUGCUUCGUGUGCAACCUGCCGAUCCUGAGCCAUCAGGUGGGGCUGGUUUGGGAAGGAGGGAAUGGCUGGGAUGAUUUUAUGCGGGAACAGGUGGAGGAUGCGACUGCGAAACAACGACUCGGAACCGGAAGGCGCGACUCCGCGACGCAGAUCUCGCCGUCGAACGAGACCCACGAGACAUCGCCGACGAAGCAGCGACGUCGACGGUCCAGUUUGGCUCAAUUGACGGACAUUCUGAGGACUGGAUGGAGCGGCGGCGGUGGCGGUGGCAGUGGCGGUGGUGGCGGAGAUGCUUCUGGGAAAAGUACCCGUGGGAACAAGCUUUGUCGUCGCGAAACAUUGGCGGACAUCGCGAAAUCGUUUCCAUGGUCGAGGCAGACGACGGACGCCAGCCAUUUGGAGCGGUUUCGUAAAUGUCGCGAAAGCUCCGUGGACAGCGGGAUCAGGAGCCAAGCGUCGACGAAAUCGCGGAGGGACUCGGUGAUCAGCGAUCUGAAAAACGACAUCGCGAAACUGUGGAGCAAAAAGGACGAGACGCCGCAGCCGCCGCCUAAGGUGAUCUCGCCGUCCCCUCGACGAGGUUCCGGGGAGUCGAGGAACUCCAGACGUGGUUCCGGCGAGAGUGGACGAUCCAGAAGAGAUUCCGUGAUCACGGGACAGACCCCGAGUCCAGGUGAACGGAAGCAUAACUGCCGGCACCAUAGACGCAGACAGUCGCAACAGUCGAUGGACGGGGGUAGUAUCAUCACGCCGCCGAAGUAUGAUAGACACAAUCAACGACCGAGUGCUUCUAGCACCGAUAGCGCGGCCAGCAACGCUGUCAGAGACCACAUGGAGGCCAGGAACUCGAUGGAAAAAAGCGACCGAUCGAGCAGCAUCGAUAAGCCUAGCCUGAUGGUGGACACAAAGGCGCUAACGCCGACGACGACCACUACUACCAUCACCACGACGUCCAUGAUCGACGGCAAGACGCCCGUUACAACGUCCAUCGAUUCGAAAACGUCGACGACGACGAGCACCACGACGACGUCCACGUCCACAGCGACCUUGUUGACCGUGGACGCGAGAACUGGCGGGGACAGCAGAAAUCUUAGCCUGGACGCGUCCAUCACACCUCCUACUAUUGUAAUGUCGUCGGUUACGCCUCCGUCAGUUUCACCGACGACCGGACGAAGCCUACCGCUUCCGGCACCUUCCACUUCCGGCAGCUCCAGUCCCCUUGGCUCGCCGAACGUUCACACGCCAACGCAUCCGCUGAUAAGCACUAGGAGGGACUCUACUACACAGUGUUAUUACAAAGGAAAGAAAGCGUACACGAGCAAAUUAUCAAGAUUAACGCGUCAAUCAGCGGCCAUAGACGAAUCGAUGCCACCUGCAGGACGUCGCGGGAGUCAGCCGACUUUAUCACCGGAUCCUGAUGAAGGAGAACGAAGAGCUCGACGGGACUCGCUGAGCCCUGAUUCGGCCUGCUCACCGAGGCGGCGCGAUUCGAGGAGCCAUCUGAGCCCGGACAGGAACGUCGAUAAAAGAGAUCUCAGUCCUAUCAGGUCGCAGAAGCACCAGCUGAGACGGCAGUCGACGUCGAUGGCCGGUCGGCCAGCAAGAUCGCCGGACAGCUCCUCCUGUUCCUCGAGGGAGCCGAGUCCGUGUGCUCGAGCUCCUGGAAGCAUCCAGCAAGCGCCGAUCACGAGAAGACAGUCGAUGACCGGCGAAAUCCUGAUGUCGUGUGGUUUCCGGCGGCAGAGCACAACGGAGGAAAUGAUACGGUGCCGAAAUUUUCGAAAGCAGAGCUCCCAAAGCGACGAGGCGGUGCAGAGAUAUAAAGGACGAAGGGACAGCUCGGCACAGAUCACCGAUGGCACGUUCGCGUCGAUGACGGUCGAGACUUCGAGUACACUUUUCGAUAGCAGUACGCAAACUGAGCCGUCGCCGUUGUACGACAACAAUCACCACCAUGAGGAAUGCCUAAAAUGUAACAGCUGCGGCCUGAAUCUCACGGGACCGAAUCAGAAGCGGGCUAGACGGUUCAAGAACCAAAUACUUUGCGAUCUUCACUUCGCUGACGUGGCGCUGAUGGAGUGCUCGGACUUCAUGGAGCAGUUGCGCUGCUUUAAAUCGCAUCAUUUAGGCUGUGAAGUCCGGAGGAGAAAGUCAUCGACCACCCUGAUAUUCCCGUUGCCGCCGCAGGCCUGCUCAGAUGAGUUCUGCACCGAGUUCCCGCACAACCUGGUGCCAGGCGCCGGUUACUGGAUCGAGUGUUCCAGGCAGCAGAUCAUGACGGACACGAUCUGGGACGAGAGCGAAAGUGGAGACGCGUCCGACCCAGAACAACCGGACGAUCAGGAAUCGUCGCAAAGACGGCAGGACAACAGCAAUUGCUUCUACGAGGAGCCGGAAGACGGGCUGGACAAGGUGCCUAAGAAGAAAACGACCAUCGAGGAGCAAUGGGAGAAGAAUCAGGGGUUCGAGCUCACGUCCGUCGAGCAGGAGACCUACGAGAAAUACUUCCAUCAGCGGGAGCACUGGAAUUACUUCACCAAAGACGAGGACCUCGGACCGGUGAUACUAAGCAUUAAACAGGAAACGCUGAACGGCCGGGAUCAAUUCCGGAUCCUCGUUAGGGCGACCAACUACACCGUUCACGGCCUGAUCCCGGCCAGUUGCGUCUUCGCUGAUCGAUACAAUCGCGAGGAGGUAGUCCGCAGCCUCGGCAAGGAGGUGAACGUGAAUCCACCGUUCACGCUGGGCCAGUUGCCGGACACUCAGGAGGAGCUGCUCAAAUUGGAUCAGGUAUUCAUAAAGUCCGAGCUGAAGGUCGGCGUGAUCUACGUUCAGGAGCGCCAGUGCACCGAGGAGGAAAUUUUCGACAACAACGAAAACUCGCCCCUCUUCGAGGAGUUCAUGCAGAUUCUUGGUGAUAAAGUACGACUGAAGGGCUUCGAUAAGUAUAAGGGCGGCCUGGACAUCACCCACGACUUGACCGGCUUGUAUUCGGUUUACACGAACUGGAGGAGCAUCGAGAUUAUGUUCCACGUUUCCACGCUGCUGCCUUACGAGAAGAACGAUCCCCAAAAGCUCCAAAGGAAAAGGCACAUCGGCAACGACAUAGUGUGCGUCGUUUUCCUAGAAGCUGAUAACACUCCAUUCAGCCCGGGCUGCAUAAAAUCGCAUUUCCUGCACACGUUCAUUCUGGUGCGAGUCAGUCCCCGUAUAAAGAGGAAAAUCACCAGGUACGAGGUGUCCGUCGUAACGAGGGACGAAGUCGGUGCCUACAAGCCCUAUCUUUGGGAACAGAAUGUCUUCGAGAAAGGACCGAUGUUCCGUGAAUGGAUUCUGACGAAAAUCGUGAAUGGCGAGAGGGCGAGCUAUUCGGCGCCGAAAUUCGCUCGGAUGCAGGAAAGAACGAGGAGUCAGAUGCUGGAGGACAUCGUGGCCAAUUUGGCUAACCAUGCGGAGACUGGGCAAAUUCCGAAACCGUACAGACGUGGUUCCUGGAGACCAAUCGGUCACAUGAGACCGUCCUCGCCGCUUUUGGACUCUGUCAGGGAUCAAUUCGAGGACUACGAUCAGCUUGCCAGGGACUUCACGCGAGUGUUCUUGAACAAUCAAGAAAACACGUCGUUGAACGCGAAUUUGUUCGACGUUUCUUUCUUGGUGCCUGGCCAUCAGAAGCAGAAGGUCCGGUUCAUAGGCGUUAGGGCGAUUCUAGCAGUGAGGAGCAGAGUCUUCCAAGAAAUGCUGUACGGAAUCCAAGCCGGUUUCGGAAGUCCUCAAGUGCCAGUUGCUGAGCUGCUCGCCAGACCGGCGCCAACUUUGCUGAGCCCGCAAAAACCGCGAAGUUCGAACUUCCUCCAAGUUCCCGACCUAGAGACUCCCAGACCUAAAAGUGUGCCGUCCUCGCCAAUGGUGAAACGAGCGUUCUCGAGGCUCGGAACGAUCACAGCGGGCUGGGGAAGAAGCAUCCGGAAGCACGGUGGAGGGAACACGCUGCAGAGCGAGGACCGUAAACGAUGGGCCAGUUCCCAGGACUGCAGCAAUAAGGAGGCAAAGGAGAAAGAAAAGGCCGCCCAACAGCUGGCGGUUCCAAGGCUCAGCGUGUUCGUGGACGCUCAGAAGGUUGACAGAGCAAAAUUAGCCCAGACAGAGUUUGACAUCAUCGAAUUCGAUCCAGAGACCUUCAGGAUCCUCCUGGACUACCUGCACACGGGCUCUUGUCCUCUAACUUGCAGCAACAUACCUGGUCUGAUCUGCGCAGCGGAGCAUUACGAUCUGCCGGAUCUCCUUCAGGCGUGUUUCCAUCACGCGAAACAGUUCCUACGGAUCGAGAUCGUGUGCGUGAUGCUAUGCACGUUGGAGAACUACUGUUGGCGGUACACGUCAGCCUCGGAGCUGGUCAACAUGAUCCUCACGUUCAUCGAGACCAGAGCAUCGCAAUUGUUCCUGAACUCGGGUUUCUUGACCCUAAGCGAGUCGAUGGUGCAGAUGAUAAUGUGCAGGAGCCUCGAGGUCAGCGAGAUCAUGAAAUUCGAGGCGAUGCUGAACUGGGCCAAGCAUAGGAUAAAGACGAAGACGAAGGUCGUGGACCCGAAGAUGGAGUUCAAGUGCAUUAUGGAGAGACUAAGCAGAGAUCUCAAGCUCUACAGGAUAUCGCCACAGGAGCUAAUCAGGAUCGUUUUACCAUCGCACGCGAUCAAGAACGAGAGGAUUCUCGAGACGCUGAUGUACCAGGCGAAUACCGGAAUGUACAAAAACGUGGACACUUAUUUAGAAACGUACGAGAAGAACAUACAGAAUCAAGAUAGUUUCGAUUGCGGAAUGUAA